UUUGAAACAAGAAAUCGUACUGAAAAUGUCGGACGCCUUUAGCGCCGGCUUCCGCGAGUUCUGCGGUGGCGUACAGCACGCUGUCUCGCUGCACCGCAUCCUGCUCUUCUAUCUGAAGUCGCGACUCAUUUGUGUGUCCAGCGUCAAGUGCUUCGUACUCAACGGCCUUAUCUUCUUGGGAAGCAUCUACUUCUUUGACCGAGCCGUGAUCCCAGUGAUUCACAUGUUCGGGGAACUUCUGCAUCGCUCUUUCUCCUACGGGACGACAACUCAAGUGGAUGAUGUGCGAGAUCGAGUGGAUGGCUUCGUCUUUAUACUGUAUCAGGUGCUGUGGAUGUACCCGAUCUACUGCAUCAGCUUCAUCUUGAACACAAUCUGGUACCAAGAAAUUGCCGACGAUGCGUACAUGCAGCUUCAUGGCAAGCCGUCACCCACCCCGGUGACCGAUAUGAUUAGGGAUGAGAUGUACCGAGCAAUUCUUGUGGCCUUCUUUCUACUGCAGACUGUGCUGUCUUACUUAAUCCCGAUCGUUGGACCUGCUACGAGUUUUAUUCACUUGAGCUGGCUGUAUUCGCUUUACUGCUUCGAGUACAAGUGGUCCCUGGCUGGCUGGAGUCUUGAGCGAAGACUAGCCCAUUUGGAGCAGAACUGGGCUUAUUUCGCGGGAUUCGGGAGUCCUUUCACGCUGGCUACGUUCUUUGUACCCAAUUUUGUGAGCAAAGGCAUCUUCGCUCUACUCUUUCCAGUGUUUCUACUGCUAGCCAUCGCGUGUGACCCUGUUUCAGAAGGCAAUGAAGCGUCUAAAAAGCUGCCGAUUUUCAGGUUUUCUCGGUGGUGGAGUUUGCAGUUGCUGCGUCGGAUCGGAAAGGCAACAGGCUUGAAGACGAAAAAGCAGAGAGCGAUGGAGAAGCAGAGUCGGAGCAAAAGAAAGUGA